CCGGUCAAGGCCAGAUCGUGCACAUUGCGCACAUGUAAACAAAGAUGGCGGAUGAUCUUAAAUUAAUUAUCCAAGAGCUUUUUGAUAUCAAUGCCAUUAGAUUCGGAGAGUUCAAAUUGAAAAGUGGAAUUCUUUCUCCUAUAUACUUUAAUCUACGCGUUAUUAUUGGAUACCCGAACUUACUCCGUCGUAUCAGUGAACUAUUGUAUAAUGCAGCAAAAUCGGCAGGUGCAGAAUUUAACUUGACAUGUGGGGUUCCUUAUACUGCGUUACCAUUGGCAACCUGUAUGUCACUUGAUCAUGAUAUUCCCAUGGUGAUUCGACGUCGAGAAGCAAAGGAUUAUGGGACUCGUCAAAUGAUUGAAGGCGUUUAUCAGGACCAUGAUGUUUGCCUUGUUGUUGAGGAUGUCGUCACAAGUGGUGGAAGUGUGUUGGAAACUGCUCAAGAGUUAAACAGAGUGAAUCUUAUUUGCAAAGAUGCUGUUGUCCUGUUAGACAGAGGACAAGGUGGAAAGGAAAGACUAAAGGAGCAUGGAAUAAACCUACAUGGUAUUCUUGAAAUGCAUCGAGUUUUAGACGUUCUGCUCGAACUUGGAAAGAUAGAUAAAGUCAUGUUCGACCGUGUGCAUCAAUUCCUCUCUGAAAAUCAAUUUCAACCAAAGGGUGAAGAGAAAAAAGAAGUACUCCAGAAGAAGAAUUUAGAAUAUAAAGAUCGUAUUGCUUUCACUAAGAAUACUGUUGCUAAGCGCAUCCUUGAAGUGAUGGAGAGAAAACAAACAAAUUUAUGUUUCUCGGCAGACGUAACCUCCUCCGCAGAGGUGUUGCGUCUGGCAGACCUGAUUGGACCGCACGUCUGCAUCGUGAAAACACACGUUGACAUAUUAACUGAUUUUUCGGAAAAAUUUGUAGCCAGCUUGACUGCGUUAGCGAAAAAACACGACUUUGUAAUAUUUGAAGAUAGAAAGUUCGCAGAUAUUGGUAGUACUGUGAGAAACCAGUAUUCGCAAGGUUUAUACAAGAUAAAAGACUGGGCUCAGUUGACAAAUGCGCAUGGUGUGCCGGGAGAUGGUGUGGUAAAGGGUUUAAGAGAAGCAUCGGGUGAUUGUGACCGUGCAUGCCUACUUAUUGCUCAAAUGAGUUCAUCUGGUGCUUUAACAAACCAAGGCUAUUCUCAAAGCAUCGUUGCCAUGGCCAAAGAAAACGACGAUUUCGUUAUUGGAUUCAUCUCGACGACGGCUGUUUGUGAUGACCCAAAAUACUUGCACAUGACGCCUGGGGUUAACCUAAACGUUAGUGGAGAUUCGCUUGGUCAGCAGUAUUUAACACCGGAUGAGGUUGUUGGAAAACGUAACUCUGACGUCAUCAUAGUUGGACGUGGGAUUUUCCAAUCAUCUGAUCCAGUAGCAAGUGCUAUCAAAUACAAAGAGGCCGGUUAUAAGGCUUACUUGACACGUGUGAAAGGAGUGUAAAACACUGUUCUGCCAGACGCUACAAAUUUGAACUUUUCUGUAUCGUUGUUGUGUUUUUAAUUUUUUAGAAUAGCUUUAUGUCAGAAAUUUUGCGAGCAGAAAUUUUGUGCAAAUUUUGCGAUCUCGUUCACAAAAUUAAACCGAUAAAUUUUUUUUGCCUAACUCGCGAAAAUUUCAAUUGUUUAUUCACGAAAUUAAUUUUCAUGAAAAAAGUACUUGAAGUUAACAGCUCAAAUGCACGGUAGUUUCUUGUUAUAAUUUGUUGUCAAAAUAGAAAGUUGUUCUAACGCUUUUGUAAAUACAACUUUUAAGGUCACAUUUAGCUACGAAAAAUUAGGUUAGAUAUUUCAGUACCGCGCUUUUGUCGAAAAUGUGGGAUACAUUUUAUUUUGAACUUAUCUGACUUAUUUCAAUCGUGAAAAUGUUUUCUUAAUGUAAAUUUGUCAAAAUUAAUAUGCUAUCAAAACAGGCAACCUCGUCCACAGGACCUGUUAGGUUGCAAAACAGGUUAUCGCCGUCUCUGACAAAGUCUAAAUUCAGGAAUUCAACAACUGUGGUAAUAGUGAAAACAUUUUUUUACUCUACUUUAUCAAGCUGAUCUAAAACCAUGUCAUAUUAAAUUUCAAGUCAUUUUAAUUUUUACUAAAAUUUUGAGAAAUAACUUUAGCAGAAAGUACGGUCUUUUACAUUACUGAAACCAAACUGCCCGACAUCAUUUUGCAAAUUUGAUUUCAUUUAGUUACGGGAAAAUAUUUUCGCAAAUAAAAUAUUUACCCGCGGAAUAGUUGAAUUUGUUCAAUUUUCGAGAAAUCUCUAAAACUUAGCGAAUGGCGCGAUUCCCGAAAAUUUCCGUUUGUCAAUAUUUCUGAAUUAUUUUUUCAUUCGAAAAAAGAAAAUUUUGAAACGGAUUUCAUUGUUUACAUGUUUAGUGUGUUAACAAGUUAUAUGUUAUUAUUAGCUAACAGAUCAUUCAGAUGUGCAAAUAUAUUUUCAAUUAGUGUU